CUUGCGCAAUCGUCAACUUUCUCGUUAUUGCUGUUUUUCACUUCUAAUAAUUAACGUAUUUACCAAAAUGUCGCGUAGAAAAAAAGUUCUCAUGGUGUGUUUUGGCAACACAUGUCGAUCUCCGAUAGCUGAAGCACUUUUUCGUAAAUACAUAGAAGAUCACAACAUCCAAGACGACUGGGAAGUCGAUAGCGCUGCCCUAUACGAUUACCACGAGGGGAAAAACAUCAAUACAAAAUCAAGGGAAGUCCUUGAAAAGCACGGUAUCACGAGUUAUCGACACUUAGCUCGCACAAUAACCAAGGAAGACUUUGACAAUUUCGAUUGGAUUUUAGGAAUGGAUUAUUACAACAUCCAGCAUUUAGGUCAGAUACAACCCCAAGGUAGUUCAGCAACAAUCGAGCUUUUGGGCCAAUACGAUCUGGAAGGGGAUAAAAUUAUUGAAGAUCCUUACUUUGAUACUGACAGUUCAAGAUUUGAAAAGUGCUAUCAGCAGUGUUUGAGAUUUAUUCCCUUAUUUUUUAAAGCUCACCAUUAAUGUUACAAAUUUUUUAUUGUAACGUUACAACUUAUUUUGAUCUAAUUUUAUUUAAAAGUAUGAUUUUCUGUGCCAAAUAUAUGUGCAAGAAAUUUUCGUGACCUUGACAUUGAAAACUUUACUGCACGUGACGUUUCUCGUGCAGAUACAAAAGAUCAUUGGACAUGGAUAAUUAAGGAAAUAUAUAUUAAAUAGUAAAUAAAAUCAAAUCAAUGUGCAAAAAGUUUGAAAGGCAAAGCAGGAUAAGAAAAAAAAACCUUUGCAUCAUCGUUUCAUUAAAAAAAGAAAAGUUGAAUUAAACUAUAUUACUUUUUCAA